AUGUUGGUUGAGAUGCAAAUCGGCCUGUGCGACUCUGUGGGCAGAGGGUAUACCAUCCCGGGAGGCUCUGCUGGACACUUCAAGCGGGAGGGCUACACAUUUGACGUCGGGAGCAGUAUGAUGUUUGGGUUUGGAAAGGAGGGCACGACCAAUCUUAUGACUCGUGCACUGGAGAGUGUGGGCAAGCACCUUGACACGAUUCCGGAUCCGACCCAGAUACACUACCAUUUGCCCGUGUCCAAGGCGCAUCCCGACGGUUUGCAUGUCCGCGUCUGGCGUGACUAUGAGGAGUUUGUGGAGGAGCUGACCGCCUGCUUCCCUCACGAGGCUAAAGGAAUCCGGGGCUUCUAUGGCGAGUGCUGGAAGGUGUUCAAUGCCCUCAACUCCCUGGAGCUCAAGUCGCUGGAGGAGCCACGGUACCUGCUGCAGCAGUUUGUCAGGGCCCCCCUCGCAUGCCUGACCCUGGCCGCGUAUGUGGGGGUGAAUGCAGGUGACGUGGCAAGGAAGCACAUCAAGGACCCGGAGCUAUUGAAGUUCAUCGACAUCGAGUGCUACUGCUGGUCAACAGUCGCAGCGGUUGACACACCCAUGAUCAACGCCGGCAUGGUGUUCUGUGACAGGCACUAUGGCGGCAUCAACUACCCAAAGGGAGGGGUGGGCCGCAUCGCCGAGCUGCUGGUGGACGGCAUCGAGGAGCGCGGCGGUGAGGUGCGCUACCGGGCUGGGGUCCAGCGCAUCCUGGUGGAGAAUGCCCCUGCCGAUGGCGACCCAGGCGAGCAGAGCUCCAGGGCCGUCGGCGUGGUGCUCACCGACGGCACGGAGAUCAGGGCCAAGACGGUGAUUUCCAAUGCCACCCGCUGGGACACCUUUGGCCGGCUGAUAUCUGAGGAGCAGAUGCCCGAAGCAGAGAAACUUUUCCGUGGACGGUAUAAGCUGGCGCCUUCCUUUCUGUCCAUACAUGCCGGGGUGAAGGAGCAGGUGCUGCCCCCGGGCACAGACUGUCACCACAUCGUGGUGGAGGACUGGGCGCGCAUGGAGGAGCCGCUGGGCACCCUGUUUGUGUCGAUCCCGUCGCUGCUGGACGCGGGGCUGUCCCCCGAGGGGACCCACCUCUUCCACGCCUUUGCGCCCGACUGGGUGGCUGACUGGACGGGCCUGGAGCCCAAGGCGUACGAGGCGAAGAAAGAGAGAACUGCUGACGCCAUCUUCAAGCGGCUGGAGGCCGCAUUCCCUGGUCUGGCGGAGGCCACGGUGUACAGGGAGGUGGGCUCCCCGCGCACCCACCGCCGCUUCCUCAACCGCAAGGACGGCAGCUACGGCCCCAUCCCGUCCCGCCGCCCCCGCGGCAUGCUGGGCAUGCCCUUCAACCGCACCGCCAUCCCGGGCCUGUACUGUGUGGGCGACUCCACCUUCCCCGGCCAGGGCGUGAACGCCGUGGUUUUCUCGGGGUUUGGCUGCGGCCAUCGCGUGGCCUGCGACCUGGGCUUGGAGCAGGGCUUCCCAGCACUGGACGGGCCGUACAACAUGCUGCUGGGGGCCAUCAGGGACCGCGUCUGA